UUAGCCUUGCUGAACAAGUUUGCUCGUUUUAUAUCGAUUUAUGGUUUCGAGUAAAAUCGAGUUUGUUAUCCAUAAAAGAACAGAAAAGAAAGCGAAGAUUCUUUCUCCUUUCUUCUCUUUCUCAUCUAAACUGGAAAGAUAUUUUUGUGCGCAUCUUCAUUUUGAUUAAACUAAACAUUCCUUAUUCACUUUCAUCUCAAUUCCCUCUUUUACCCAGUUGAUGUCAAGUCAAACAAGUCAUGAUAACUCAUUAUUUAUAGUGACAAGUAAAACUUUCUCACUUUUACCAAGUUCAUCGCAUAAAUUCAUAGUUUAAUAAUUAAAGAAUCCAAAUUUCAUUUUGUGAUUUCCAUUUGAAAUUCCCAGUAAAUUGAAAGCAAAACUUAGAAAGACUUUUGUUUCCUUUCUGUUGUUCAUUUCAUAUCCGUGUCUUGUGUCUUCAACAUUCAUAUAAGUUGGCUUCGUGUUUAAUGUUCAGUGUUUUGGCCUCAUUUUCAUUAGUAAUUUACUCAUCCGAAUGUGACUGUUGAUUGUUAAGUGAAAGUUCACUCUUUGUUAUUCAUCACUUGUUACAUGUCUACAUAUUCAUUGUUUAAAAAUUGGUAGUCUUUUGUUGUUAUUAUAAAAUCCCAGUUUCUAACUCCCAGUCAAUAUUAUUCAAUUUAAUCAUCAAUCCAUUCUCUUUCCAUUGGCUAUUGGCAGCCUUUUCAGUAUCACGCAACAGUGUUUGUUGAAUCAAUUGCUUUUAGUUUUUGAUUUAGGAAAUUUUCCAUUCAUUCUUGUUUCAUCAUUUGAUUACCUUUGAUUCAAUUUACAGCCACAAUGUCUGAAUCAGCAUCCAACUUGAGACGUGAAAGCGUCGAUUUGAUCACAUCUCAACUUUCCCAAUCCCUGGCUGAUUCCAUUGAAGAAGCUGUCAACAAGUCAAAUAAUCAUUUUGAAUUUAUACCGGAAAUUAUUCGUGAAUCUCAUUCAUGCAUGUGCAACACUCGAAAAUUAAUGUCCAUUUUGGGUCAAGAUUCAGUUUCAUCUGAAAGGCAAAAUGCAGGUGAACCAAUAGUUGCAAGUAGACCUGCUGAUGCCAAUAUACAGUCUUCUUCAUCAACACCAGUUGCACCUGGAUCAUCAUCAUCUUCCUCAUCAAUAUCGAUUGCACAUUCCAUUGCUUCUGGCUCAUCAUGCUACACUGACCCUUGUUCACCUUUGGAAACAAUUAGACUACUAAUGAAAACUGCUUCACAGGAAAAGUCAGUCUUGACUGGACAACGACAUCGACCCAUUAUUGUUGUUGGACCUGCAGGAGUAGGCAAGUCAAGCUUGCUCAGCCAGGUUUACACUUAUUGCUCCGAGUGGCUAUCUGCAGACUCUCAGGUUAUUAAAGUGGUUCGACAUAUUGGACAAAGUCCAUCUUCAUCGUACACUUCAGAACUAAUCAGAUCACUUUGCAUUGACAUUACCCUUGUCUAUGGGUUCGAAAUGCGAACCGACAUUGUCUACGAGUUAUCCUCACUCUCCCUGUGGUUCCAUGAUUUGCUUAAGCAAAUUGAGACAACUUGUCCAACCAACGAUCUAGUCAUUGUUUUGGACGAUCUACACUUACUCAAGUCACUUCAAACAUCAACCAUUCUCGGUUGGCUACCAUGGACUUUACCUCCCUCUGUCCACUUAAUUUGCUCUGUAACCGAAGAGUCGGAUGCUGUUGUGAGUCUACUUAAAUCACGAAUCCCAAGUGAUAAUGUAAUCAAAUUGACACCAUUAGAGUCGACAGCAAAGAUACUCUCAAUGAUUCUGUGUCGUCUUAGAGGUUACACAUCCAUCGUUGACCAACAAAGUGAUACUCUGGAUCAACCCUCGUCCAAGCCAAAUGAAACACUGUUACCAGAAAAGGUUUGGCACCUUCUAAGUGAGCGUUUCAAUGCAAUCGUAAAAACAAAUCCAGUCACACCGCUAUAUGUAUCACUGUUGACCGACACUUUACUAGUCCCAUUGAUUUGUACCCCAAACUCAAGUGAACCCUCAACCAGACCAAGCAACCUUCCAGGACAAGAAGUGACUCCUUCAAGUGGGUCCAGCCAUGCAACAGACUCCACCAGCCAAACGACUGAAGUCAACCUAAAGAUGACUGACAUUCCCAUCACCAUUGAUGAGCUAAUUGAAAAGACUGUGGAUGAGCUACAAAAAAGCUUCCCUUGUUCAACCAUUGAUCGUCUAUUAACUUAUUUAUCUGGAACACGAUAUGGAUUACGAGAAGAAGAAUUGAUUGAUUUAAUUGGUAAUGGAGAUGAAACUGGAAACAACAACAAACAUGACUCUGACCGUAAACAGUCAACUUGUGAAAGUGAAAAUGAUUCAAGUGAUAAAAAUAAUGAAACUUGUUCCAAUGUUAAAGAAGACAAUAAUCUCUUAUCAUCAUUACAUCAAUUUGAAUCAAACUCCAUUUGGCCAGCUAUUAAAGCCAAACUAAAUCCCUUCCUCAAGGAAUACUUUAUCCUUGGUCGACCUUAUAUUCACUGGUCACAUCGGAUUAUCUGUGAAACAAUCAAACAACGUUACAUUGUUGAUACAUUUGAUUACAAAACAAUUCACUCCAAGCUUGCAGACGCAUUCCUACUUGGAUUCAACGAGGUUUUAUCCAAUCGUGAUCCUCAAGAUAAAAUCUACCGCAAUGAUUCUUCGGACAUGCUGCGUGAAAUUGAUGAACUUUGGUUUCAUUUGUUGUCCUGUGAAGACAUUUACAAGUUGAAACACAAUGCUCUGCUCAAUAUCGACUUCAUGAUGUCUGCUGUUCAAAGUUCAUCCAUUAGUUAUUACAGAUCAGUCCUUGAAUUGGUUCGCGGAAAAAUCAUUGACUGGGAGGUUGACCUGCUUUACCACAUGACCAAACAAUCGGUCAACAUUGUCUCUCAAAAUACCGACCAAUUGUCAAUAGAGAUACUACUCUGGUUAAGACCCUUUGCCGCAGCCAUUGCCGAUUCAACAAGUGGACUUUGCAUCAAUCAACUUCAACUCAAUUAUCCCAAUAAAGAUUCACUUUUCAGUUCAUCUAAUAAUUGUGAUCAAAUGGGUGACAAGGAGAGUCACAGCAAUGCCAUUAACGUUAAAACAAAUGCGUCUAAAAAUAUCAACAAUAGCCUUACAAGUUCAACUCUAAGUCCAAUCAAUCGCUUCGCCGAGUCCAAAUAUCUUGAAAAUUUGGUCCGAGAUACGGUCAACUGGUGUGCCAGGUAUUCAGGUUCCCUGCUGAUUCCCAUAAAUUCAUGGCUUCAUCUUCCCCUACCAAUGCAAGUCUCUGUGAUAUCAUGUCCUUAUGCAAUAACUCGUGCAACUUUAACCAAUGACCACCAGAAUCUCAUCUUUUGCAAUAAACGAUCAAUUCAUUUUUUCAAUUUGGCUUCUAAAACUUUACUCAAAUCAGUUCAAGGUCACCGAGAAACCAUUACGUGCCUUGAUAUAUCCUCUUCUGGUCGUUAUCUGGUUACUGGGAGUGAGGAUACUUCUGUGAUUUUAUGGGAAAUUGAUGCUGAUGGAGAAAUUGAAUGUAACUCGAGAUAUAGUUUAGGUCAUCACGUUGCGGGUGUUUUGUGUACAGCGAUAACUCAUAAUGAGGAAUAUAUUCUUUCUGGUUCCGAGAUUGGAGCCAUUUGUGUUGUUCGUCUUGAUAGUGGCCUUCUCAUUGGCAGAUUAGAGCAUCAUCGAGGUAUGAUUACUUGUAUCAAGGUAAACCUAGAGGAUGAUAUAUUUGCCGCUGGAUCGACAGACUGUUCGGUAUCCAUUUGGUCUUUGGAUACUUUUUGUGUUCUCAAUCAAAUAUUUUUGCCCAAAGCAAUACUUCACAUGGACAUUUCAAUGGAUUCAACCUUUCUUAUGCUUGCCUUGGAGGACAACAAGGUUCACAUACGAGCCUUAACAACAGGUUCAGAGGUUCACAUUUUACAAGAACAUCAAAGUAAUUCAAUUGUAAGUUAUGUCAAGUUUGCUGAAGACAGUAGUCGAGCUAUUCUUGGAACUGGCGAUGGUAAACUUCACAUUUACGAUGUCCAUUCAGCUCAUCUUAUACAAACGUUAACCUCCCAUCAAGACAUGAUUACAUCCAUCAUUAGUCAACCUUGUGAUAAAUAUUUAGUUACCUGUGGCACAUGUAAAGUAAUUAUCUGGAACUUUUAUCCAAGGAAAAAGGUUGACUCUUCUUUGGGUGCCUCCUCGGGUCCAGUCACCAAUCUAUAUGCAACUCUCGGCAAUCCCAACAACUAUUCAUCAAGUACAAAUAAUUUAACCUCAUCAGCUAAUAAUGUUUCAAAUGUACUGGUAAACUCGAGUAAUGAGACGAGCAACACUGUCAUUAACAGCUCAACUAAUAAUGUCAAUAAUGUGAGUAACAUUGUUAUGAGCAACAAUAACAGCACAACAGCAACCAACAUGAACAAUAAUAACAAUAAUUCCAACAAUUUUACCAACAAUACAAGUAAUAAUGACAACAUUAUGAAUACUGCAACUUCAACAGUCAACAAUAAUGGUAUAAAUAGCAAUUACAAUGUCACCAGCAUCAGCAGCAACAACAACACGGUUAAUGUUAUUAGUGUUUCAAAUGGUUCCAACAUGGGAGUAAACAGUGUUUGUAGAUCAUCAGUUUCACGGACAACAUCUAAUCGCACGGAUCAUGAGUCGUCCAACAAAUCAUCUCGAUCAUCAUCAUUAAGGGUGAAAAAAUUUGACCAACACAAAGAUCCAAUUACUUGCCUUGCAGUCUCAAGAGAUGGAACUUAUGCUGUUACAGGAUCUCGUGACUCACUGGUCAAAGUUUGGAAUCUUUCAUCGGGUGAAACUCAUGCAACUCUGUCCGGCCAUUCUGCACCAAUUACCUGUGUAAGCUUUUCUCCCAAUGGAUUUUUCUGUGUCUCUGGUUCAGAGGAUAAAACUGUUCGUGUUUGGUCACUCACACUGGGACUAAAAGUGUUUGUCUAUCCUGACCAUUCAGCUGCAAUUGAUUCCGUGUUUGUUAGCACCGACUCUCGUCGCAUCUUGUCCAUUGACUCUCAAGGCUUUCAUCGCCUAUGGCAAGCUGAUUCAGGCAAUACUCUGGUUAAUGUUGCCAAGUUGACAAACAAGGUAACCAUGUUUGGUAAUACAGUUUUUGCUGUUGGAGGUAAAAAUGAUAACAGUUUGCGCUACUGGUCAGUUUACGAACCUGAUUUGGAGAAGUCAGUCUCUCACAGCGAACCCAUUACAUGUUACACUUGCACGUACGACUGUUCAACCAUUAUCACCGGAUCACAGGACAUGUCUUUGAAGGUGUGGGAAGUGUCGACUGGCAAACUCACUCAAGUCUUGGUCGGUCAUGAAGAGCCAAUCUCUUGUGUCUCCUCGGCUCCUAUGGUUCAGUCAAUGGUGGUCUCGGGUUCACAGGAUUGCAACCUGAUUGUCUGGGACACGACAACGGGCAAUGUAACCUUUACUUUGACGGGUCAUACAGCAACCAUUCUUUCAGUUCAACUUUCCAUUGAUGGUCGAGUUGCUGUAUCUGCUUCCGAGGAUAAUACAAUAAUGGCUUGGAAUGCAUUAGAAACGGGUCAGCGAAUUGCAUUGGUUGACAUUCAUCAUACAAUAUCUUCCAUUGGGUUAAGUUUAAGCCUUAAUCAGAUUGUGGUUCAAUUGAAGAACAAUAAUCUUCUUCCAAUCAUUAAAUUUCAUAAUAAUCCAGCUAAAACACUUGACCUUCCACCUCCAGGAACACCAAGUAAUGAGGAUAAGUUUUCAUCUCAUUUAAAAGGUUUCCUAACAGGCUCGAAUCGACGUCUUAUUGGACGUGGCAAUUUAAAAAGAGAACAAUCGUUCGAUUCGUUCUGUUGGGAUCAACUACACCGUGGUGUUAGUAUUGAUGAUUUUCGCAAAAUUUCCGCCCUACAGCAAACAACUGGAUCACCUUUGGGUUCACGUGAACAUUUGGCAACAACAGGCAUCAUCUGGGAUGGUGCCUCUGGAUCUAGUGUUGCAUCGGGAGUAACAAGUGUAACUGAUCGUAACAUAAACCGACUGCUAAGGUUGAGCAACAAACCAGCCGGGCCAAAGCAAAAAAUGUUGAAAAAACAGCAAAGCAUGUUUGCCUUUUUCCCUGAACAUUCACCUCCUCCAGUGACCGCAAGCACUCUAGUCUCUGGGUCAGCAAUAGGACCAGUAGCAGCCUCUUUACGUGGACCGUCACCACUUGUCUCAUCAACAGUCUCAUCUGGUUCAUCAAACCCUCACACCUCAGGAACACUUUCAGGCUUGCCUGAUAGCCUAAGUCGAUCCCUGAUUAAGCAAGCAUCUCCCAUCAAAGUGACAACAUCAAGAGGGCCUCCAUCGCGAAGUCAAAGCCUUGAAGACACACAAACAGGACCAGUCAACACAGCCUCAACCUUGGCCCAUCAAACAGAGCCAGCAACCAGUAAAGCACAAGACAAAUGAAAACUUACCCAAACUCACCCAACUGGUUCAAAAUGUUUACAUUACCUGUUCAUCGAGUAGUAAACUCAUCAACAGCUCCAAGCCAAUAGAAAUAAUCAACUCUGCAGGGAGUGAAAAUUGUUUCCAGUGAAAAUUGAUUCACAAGAGUAGAAAAGCAAACAAAAACAAUUGCAAUUCAAUUUAUUAAUCGUCAAAAACACCUGUAAAUACAACUAUCCAUAUCCUUAACCAUCAUCAUCAUAAUCAGCCACUGGUGAUAAACAAUGUCAAAAAUGCAUCUAAGCAAAUAAUUGGUUCAAUUAUUUGGAAUAAAAUUGGAUGCAAUUUCCAUUAAAAAAAUUUUCUCCCACAUAAAUGUUGUAUCGUUAUUCACCCUUACCUGGAACAACUUUUGUCCAAUCAUUCCCAUUGUCAUUUACCUGAUCAAUUGCCAUCAUUUUUACCAAUGUAAACACUCGAUGUACAUUAUUACCAUUCGUGUCUCCCAAAUGUAAUAUUAUUGUUAAAUAUUAUCAUUAUCAUCGUUAGAAACUCGUUAUUUGUUAGAAAAGCCAAUUAACGUUGUAAAUCAACAUUGUCAACUAAUUAGUUGUUUUAAAACAAACGAUUGUUUCAAUCAACUUUAAUGUAUAAAAGAAACACACUCAAGUCCAAACGCAAACUGAAUAUGCACAAUGAAAGAAAUAAAAAUGUCGAAAAAAUGGAAAAUAAAAUUUUAUCUUUUAAUA